AUGCAGCCCAUUGCUCCAGCUCCACAACGCCCAGCUACCUCCAACCCUUCCUCUACCCCCAACGCCUCUGUCCCUCGGCUUCGCAAGGCAUCAGCAGCAUGCUGGGAAUGCAAGCGAUCCAAGGCGCGGUGUCAAAUCAGAGAAGGCGCCUCCCAGUGCGACCGUUGUACCGAACGUCGCCUUUCGUGUGUAUUCGAUCUGGAAGAAGACAAGCGGCGGAAGCUGGCUCACAAACGGAAAAUUUUAAAGCUAGAGGAGGAGCGCGAUGACCUGCUGCAGCUAGUCAAGGCACUUCAAGAUAGCUCUGACUCCAAGGCUAUUCAAGUUCUCAACCUCAUGCGAAGUAAGGCUCCACUCAGCGAAGUUAAACUUUACAUAGAUAACGACAAUUCGGAGCUUGAACGAGAGACUACGCCGACCUUGAACAAACAAAUGUCAUCGCAUCGAGGCCCAGAUAUCCAGCAUCCUGUAGAUAUACCCGUCUAUCGUAUUUCAGCCGCCCCGUGGAUCUCGGUCACUGAAAGUGACGAUUUUGUGUCUCAUCUAAUCUCCCUAUGGUUGACCUGGAGCCAUCCGUUCUAUAACUGGAUUGAUCGGGAGCUAUUUCUUCGUGACGAAAUUCGCAAUUUUUUUCACUCCGACUGUCCAGAGGCUUAUGCCGACCCGAAUAAUCCAAAUUCGAAAGGCGUCCAUUUUUACGAAGAAGCGCAGAAGCUCUACAAGAAGAUAGAGGGUCGGCUCGAUAUGCCAUCCAUUCAAGGAUGCGGGGUGCUGUUCGUGUGUAUGGCGGCCAUGGGUAAGAAUCGCAUGGGCUGGUUGUAUCUCGGUCAAGUUCGCAGCAUGGCUGAGGAAUACGCCAAGAUGCAUCUUGACUCGCCGUCCUCGACCCCUACCAGGGAAAGUCGCGCAAUUAAUAAUACCAUCUGGGGCAUAUACAAUCUUACAGCAACGGCAUCAAUCUCGCUCAUGAAACAUAUGGCCAUUGAUCAUCUCGAGGAAGAUAUCUGGACCGCGUACCCCCGGCAAAUGGAUCCAGUUCAGUCGCACAUUCCUUGCGUGCUAAACAGGUUCACUACGCUAAGUGAGAUCAGCGUGGAUGCGAAUCGACUCGUGUUCGCAAGCGGCCUCAAGUCACCACGCGAUGAACUUGAAGAAGCCCUUAAAGGUAUCCUGGAACGGCUAGACGUCUGGAAGAGCAACCUUCCUACAUGCCUAACCCCCGACAACCCCACUGUUUCUCAAUCGUUGAGUUCGCAGUAA